ACCGAUCUAAUAAUCAACACCCAAUAUGGCUACGUGUGAAUCGUUCGCUCUCCGAGAUGUGUUUUCUGAAGAUAAUUUGUCCUUGUUAGCGAAGUCAUUCAAGGAUGAAAAGUUUCGAAAACUUUUUACAGAGUAUGCUAAAGACCUAUGUGAUCCGGAAAAGCAAAAACAGUAUGAGCGUGAGUUAAAACAGUACGAAAAAGAGCGUGGGGUUGACAUUGUUUUCAUAGAGCCUCGACCCUUCCUCGCCCUCGCGGCCGUUGGCGGCGGUGGAGAGCGGGUUUUCGUGAAUAUCUGCUUGAGUGACGCAGUUCAGAAGCCAUCCUUCGAGAUAGUUAACGAUGAUGUUCAGAAGGGCCAGAAAUGGUCCUUUCCCCACGUUAUCCCCCAGCCGCGCCGGGAACACCUUAGCAACGAAGUGUUGCUAGGGGACGGUGAGGGGGGGCCUGCCACAGUGCACGAUGUGGUCUUCCAUCCCGACGCGAUGCUGCUCGCAAGCCGUAACAACCUCAUCAGGCAGACUGUGAUCAAGACUGCCGUGGAUAGCGUGAAUAAGAACAGUAAGGCAACCCUAACGAAUCCAAAACAAAUUGAGGGGAUGAACUAUAUUGGUCAACCAGUUAAGUCUGUGUUAAAGAAGGUUGUUGAUCAAACCUUGUAUGAUAAGAGUGAAAAUUGUGAUAUCUUUGGCCAGAAAAAAGAAGAGAGGACUAGUAGCAAUAAGAAAAAUAAAGAAAAAAAUAAGAAUGCCAAAGAAAAUGGAACCAAAAAUGGGAAAGGGAAACCUUUGGAGCCAGUAAUGCCAGUACACAAAAUAAAGCAUGUUAGUAAGCUGGACAUGCAAGAUUUCUCUGUGCAAUUAAUACCAGAUUGGAAGAAUGGAAGAACCAAUCGUCCUGAAGCCUUGGAGGUUGAGGUGCUACUUCCAGGCAUAACUCGUGCAGUACAGGUUGAUGCCCAAGUGCUUAAGCAGAAGCUCCAUCUCGCCACAGACUCAACACCUCAGUACAAAUUGGAGUUGCCUCUGCCAUAUCCUGUGGAUGAUGACUCAAGUUCGGCCAAGUUUGAUGUGUCAACCCAGAAAUUGAUCUUAACUUUCCCUGUGAUACCUUCUGGCAAGAAAGACCAGCUGUCUCCACAUUCUCCUCCUUGUGACUCUGGUAUUGAGUGUGAAAUUGGGUACAGAACUAACAGUGAUGGGGAUAAUUCUUCAGAGGUAUCAGUGUCAUCACAGGAGGAUGCAUCAAGGGAGGAAGAUUCAUAUGAUAGCGUUUUCGGAACAAAUUCUCCACCUCGCAAGCCAAUGAUCAUCCCAAGCUAUGGAGUCAAGCAAAAUGCAGAGAGUCUCAUUAUCAUACUCAAUUGUGGCAAUGUUUUGCCCAGUAGUAUUGAGACAAGGAGGACAGAUCAGCACACUGCCCGUAUAGAGUUGGCUAGCAUAGGUGGCGGACAGACUCUUCUUCACUAUGGGCUUUCAGUCCUAUGUAACCCUCAUACCAUACCUGAUUCAGGUAUAAGAUAUGAGCUAACAGAAGACAGUGUCUUGUUAACCAUAAUGAAGGAUGAGCCAAACAGCUGGAAGAACUGUCAGAUUGGGAGUGGAGAUAGCUUUACACUUGUGGAGCUUGAGCCUGUGCCAUCCUCUGCUGCCAGAGCCAAAAGUGCCAAAGAUAAAUCUAAGGAGGGUGUACGCGACGAGAUGACGCAGCGUGCUGGCAGCGAGGACGGCCAGGCCAGGGCAGAUGGGAUACCCCCACGGUCCCCGCGGAUAUGUCGCACCUUAAGCAUGUGCGAAACUUCUGCUCCAUCUCGCACGGUGAAGAGCGCCACUUGCUCAUGGCCGCGGGGUAUCCUCAAGCACCGCACGCGCUCCCUCAGCGAGUCCCAGGUGGGGGCUCUCACCCCGCAAACCUCCCUGGCCUCAUCCCUUGACCUGGAUCUGCCGGAGGAUCUCCUUUUGGAGGGCGAGGAAGAGGAGGAGGAAGAGGAGGAAGGCAGCAUGGCCUCAAGCCUUGGGGAGAAGAAGAGCGUUCGCUUCAACGAGGUCGUGUCCCGACAGCUGUUCCGCACCAACCGCUCCAUCCUGAUGGAGCGCGCCAAGGCCGAGAAGAUGAAGCAGAGACGGCGCCGGAACAAGGGUCGCCGCCCCUCGGAGAGCGACCGAACCUCGGAGAGCUGCAGCGACAGGGAGAACGACGAGUCAGGGCGACGCCGACGAAGGGACACGGGAGGAAGUAGCGAGGAGCAGACUUCCGCCACCGCCACGACCACCACUGACGACGAGACCACGACGGACACCUGCGACGUCGACGACCUUGAGAACAACAAUUACACCAAGAACACCAAAAACAGCAACAACAGCAAGAAGGAGAAAAAGAAUAAGAGCGAAGGGGGAGAUGCUGAGAAGUCUAAGAAAAAGAGGAAGAAGAAUAAGAAGAACAAGAAGUUUGAACCUUCCAACAACUUCAUCUUCCAACUUGAUAUUGAAGCCUGAGAAAGAAAGAGAGAAAGCAAGGCGUGGAAUGAGUAAAGCGUAGAAGUAAGAUGUAGAUCGUAAAGGGGAGCGAGCAUAGGAAGAUAGAAGCAGACAUAUAUGUUUGGCAGGGAAAAGGGAGUGGUAGAUGGAUGUCACAUUGUUGAUUUGCAUUAUUACACUGCAUUUGGAAAUUGUGAUUCUAAAGUAAUUUCUAAGGUAACCUUCACCACUUUUAGCGUAUCCAUCAAAUGUAUAAAUGCCCAAGUCGUGUUUAUGCACUGAAUUAUUUCAAAUUUGAUUAAAAUACAGUAGACACAUGCACACCCUCACAUGAUUUUGUACACUUAUUUAUUGAGAAUUACUGAAAUUGCGCAUACAUGUAUCCUAUAUUUCUCUUGCUAGGAAUGACCAUGUUAGAUGCUUUCUUUAGAAAUACAAGAAAAAUGCCAUAAAAUAUUCAAGUCGUUUACCUUUUCUUUGUAAUAUAAUAAUUUCAGGUUUAUUUAAUUUUAGAUGUAGAGGAAGAAAUACAUAAUAUAACCAUAAAGUAAAAAAAUUG